AGCCUGGGAGGUUAGAGUUGAAGACGGGGCGGAGGCGGAACUGAACCAGAGCCAAACUUUUCUGGUCAAUGCCGAAGCGAUAAGGCCGUGCAUGCUGUUGUUAUGUUAUUUAAGUCCCUAGCAGGGAGUGCCUGCACUCUAAUAGGAGCUGCAACAGUCUUAAAAUUCGCACCUGUGGAAGCCCGGGCCCAAGCAGCCGCUCGCCUUCACAGCGCAGUGAGGAAGUCCUCCCUGGUGGAUCAGGCAAACAUGAGGAUUGAACUUCUCCCAGCGCUCAGUGACAACUACAUGUACCUCCUGAUCGAUGUGGACUCCAGGGAAGCAGCUAUUGUCGACCCGGUGGAACCAAUAAAGGUUGUGGAGGCUGUUAGAAAACACGGUGUAAAACUCACAACAAUUCUGACCACUCAUCAUCACUGGGAUCAUGCUAGUGGAAAUGAGAAGAUGGUGAAGAUAAUGCCAGGGCUAAAGGUCUACGGAGGAGAUGACAGAGUUGAUGCUAUUACAAAGAAAGUUUCUCAUUCCCACAGUUUCAAACUUGGAUCACUCAGUGUCAAAUGCCUGUUUACACCAUGUCACACAACUGGUCACAUCUGCUACUAUGUGACAAAAGAAAACAGCACUGAGCCACCAGCUGUUUUCACAGGGGACACGCUCUUUGUGGCUGGAUGUGGUAAAUUCUUCGAGGGCACAGCAGAGCAGAUGUACAAAGCCUUGAUAGAAAUUCUGGGACGCCUGCCUCCUGAAACGCGCGUUUAUUGCGGUCACGAGUACACUGUCAGCAAUCUGAAAUUUGCCCAUCAUGUGGAACCAGACAAUGAAGUCAUUCGGAAGAAGCUAGCAUGGGCAAAGGAGAAAUGCAGCAAUGGAGAAGCUACUAUUCCAUCCACUUUGGCAGAUGAAUUCACAUUUAACCCCUUUAUGAGAGUAAAAGAGAAGUCCAUCCAAGGUCACGUAAAGCAGACGGACCCGAUUGAAACCAUGAGAAGUCUCCGGAAAGAAAAAGAUGGCUUCCGGGUGCCCAAGGAGUGACGCCCCAUGCACUCAUUCUGACUGUUUCCGAACAACUGCUUACAACAUUGUCAGUAGUAUACUAAAGAAAAUAUGUGCAACUCUUCAAAGAUAUUUGAAAUAGACCUGCUGCAUUCACUCUCAGUCAAGGCGCACAUUUUUAUCUCUAAGUUCAGCCCUAAUAUGGCUAAAAACGUCUCUCUCAUUGUUUUAAUUUAAUUUAGUUUGUUUGGCUGAUGUUGGUGGGACAAUUUUUAAGGAAUAUAUGGCCAUUAAUUGAAUGCUUUAAAUGGAAAUAAGUUUGUUAAUCUGUAAAUGGGAGUUUUAGAGUGUAUUUAGUAUAAUGUUGUAAUAUAUUGAUGUACAAAUUCAGCUACUGCUUUGAUUGAGUGUUUAAAUUCGAAACCUUUAACAAGACAGACAGGCACUUGAGUAGCAAAUGUUGGAAUAUGUAUAAAAUUUCUUUACAGAGAAAUUACUUUCUCAAUUUAGAGAUUGAUAUCAAUGUUUUAUUCUGACCUGGAAUGUUUCCUCCUACUUUUUCUUCUCAUAUUUGCUUGAAAGCUGUUAGUUUGGUUGUUUAUUAUGUAUGAUUUGGCAGGAGUGGCUUUUAAUUCUUCCUUCAUUUAAAAGCAUUCUGUGAGCACA